CGAGGAACAUCCCGAGCCGGGCGCCCAGCUGCUGCCCUGCCUGCCCGCGCCCCGGCGCUACCUCAUGCUGCCCGCGCCCGUGCUGGGCUCGGCCGAGACCCCGCCGCCCGUCCCCGCCCCCGGCUCGCCGGUCAGCGGCUCUUCGCCGUUCGCCACCCAAGUUGGAGUCAUUCGAUGUCCAGUUUGCGGCCAAGAAUGUGCAGAGAGACACAUCAUAGAUAACUUUUUUGUGAAGGACACUACUGAGGUUCCCAGCAGUACAGUAGAAAAGUGUAAUCAGGUACCAUUUUAUAGAAGAAGCUUUUCAGAAUCAGAAAGUGAUCAUAGAUACACUAAUCACCAAACUGAUGGAAAAAACAAAAUACAUAAGAUUCACAGGAAAUCAGAUCCAAAACAGAUCUGAUCAGUCACACAGAGUGUUUGCUGAGUGUUGAACCAGCCUUGCGUCCCGGGGAUAAAUGCCACCUGGUCACG